AUGUACAUACACACAGACAUGUACAUGCAUACACACAUGUACAUACACACAGACACAUGUACAUGCAUACACACAUGUACAUACACACAGACACAUGUACAUGCAUACACACAUGUACAUACACACAGACACCCCCUCCCCCCAUAAAAAGUUGCAGUACUUCGUUGUUCACGCACAGAGCCAGGUACUGCACUCUAGGGGGAGGCAGAGAGCACAGCACACACUCCUUCCUUUGCUUUCACUGCGCUCAGCUAUUGAGCAGUCUGAUGGCUCCCAGUGCCAAUGACAGAUCCGGCCUCAGCUCCGAGACUGCUCAGCAUGAUGACCCUGGGGGACACACUCGCCCACACCAUAAUUUCCACUCGCCAUUGGCGAGCAGGUGAGUGGAAAUUUCAAGCCCUGCCCUAAAGCA